GUACACAGAGCGGUAUGAGUUUGCGGAGCGGUGUUGUAAAGAGUCGCAGAAUUUUACGAAUAUGGUCGGCCUACUGUUCCACGUGCUCUACUUGCUGGGCAAAUGCAUAUACGACAGGUAUCGCGUCAGAAGAACGACGAUCUUGCCCGAUAUCGCGACCGAGGAUGAACUGUUCGAGCAACGGGACGACACGCUCGACCCGUUCGGCGAUGUUCCGGAAUGGGAAGUCACGUCCUGGUGGACACACAAGACAAUAAACAACUUCUGUCCACCGGCGUACGUACAGAGAUACUGUGCGGUGACGGAUGUCCUCGACGCAUACAAAGGAAAGCUGAAUAAGGUUGUUGACUUUGGAUGCUCAGAGCUAGGUUUCCUGCUUUACUUGAAAGCUAUACCAGAAGUUCAACAGAUACUCUGCGUGGAUGUGGACAGGGAAAUUUUGGAGACAUACCAAAGCAAAGCAGCGCCAUUGAUCACAGAAAUGCUGUCCUGCCGAGAAAGGAAGCUUACGAUAGAGAUUUGUGAAGGCAGUGUAACACACAAUGAUGUAAAGUUGAAGAAUGCAAAUGCUGUAAUUUGCAUUGAAUUGAUUGAGCAUCUAUAUCCAGAUACACUAUUGAAUCUCCCUUUUAAUAUUUUUGGUUAUAUUAAGCCAGAAGUAGCAAUAAUAACAACCCCAAAUGCGGAAUUUAAUGUAAUAUUUCCACGUUUGUCAGGCUACAGACAUCCAGAUCAUAAGUUUGAAUGGACCAGAAAACAAUUUCAAGAUUGGGCACAAAAUAUUGUGGUAAGGUAUCCAUAUUAUAGCGUGACAUUUCACGGAAUUUGUAAUGGACCUGAAGGCACUGAAGAAUUAGGUGCGUUGACGCAAAUGGCAGUGUUUCAUCGAAUUUUGCCAAGAGAUCAAUCAAUAAUAGAAAUUCUAACACCAGACGAAUAUGUUCAAUUAAAAGGACAACAGGGAUUAUUUAAAACAGUAGCUGAAUAUAAUUAUCAUAUGGGAUCUGACAGUCGUUCAGAUGAGCAAAAAAUAUUAGAUGACGCGAUAUAUUAUAUACAUUAUUUAUCCCAUGACCCAUAUAAUGAAGAAUCACCCAGAAACUAUGAAAUAUAUUUAGACCGUAUACUGUUCCUCAUGACUAAGUAUACCCUCUCGAGAGAAACACUGAGGUCGAUUCUAACAGAUGCAGGUUGGAGCGUUGUAGAUCGAGAAAAUGGGCCGGUAGUACUCAAUCCUUCCCAGCCUUCUUCUGAUGAUGAAACGUUGGACGAGUAUUAUGUGGAGAGCGAGAAUGACGAACAGACCGACGAAUAUGAAGAUUCAAGCACCGAGGAACCUCAUAUUACAAAUCAGGGAAACGUAUGGGAUUAUGUAACUGGAUCAGCCAUAAAUGAAAUGCCUGCAGAUGCAAAUGAAGAAUAUUUACCUCAACAAAAUCCACAUAAUGAAAGUUUGCAUGAAGAAUUUAAUGCUACAAAUGAGAUACCAGAUGCAAAUGAAUAUUUAUCUGAACAAAAUCCACGUAUUCAUAUUUGGCAUGAAGAAUCCAAUUUUACAGAUGAAGAAAGAUGGAACUAUAGGACUAAUCCACGUAUAAAUGAUAUAUCCGCGGAUGAAAAUGAAGAGCAUUUAUCUGAACGAAUUCAGCAUCCUGAUAGUUGGCAUAACAGUCCCGAUUUUACAGAUGAGGAGGACAGGUGGGAUUAUCAAGGUGGCCUACUUACAAAUGAGAUACGUGUGAAUGCGAAUGAAGAAUAUUCGUCUGCGCAAAAUCCUCAUAUCGAAAAUUGGCACGAGGAACCCAGCAUUAUCAUACCUGAAAAUUAUUCUAUUAACCAAGAGAACACUUAUUUGUUUGAUGGCGAAAAUUCUUUGGUAGAAGAAACUCAACCGGUAGAAGAACCAUGUGCAACUUACGACGAUAUCAAACGUUCAGAAGUUAGAAAUACUGCAGAAUCUUUAGUAUAUACUGAACGAGAACUUCCAAGUGACUCAAUUCCUUUAACUUUAAAUGAGGUAGAAGAAUUAGAAGAAGCUCGAGUAACUGCUUCUGCUAUGUCAGCAGAGUUCAUCAGUUUGCAAUUAGAAAAUUUAAUUGACAGUAUUAUAAUAGAACCAACUGUAUUACAAAAUGACCAGAUAAAUCUAAGAACUGCACAAGAAAUUGAUUCAAUGUUAAACUUUCAGUCGCAUAUGCCCGUUUCGCGUUCAUCGACUUCGCCAGCGUCGCUUUGCUUCGGUUCUGAAAUGGACAACUCUUUACAAGAUUUCAGUGGAUAUGAUCAAAACCAAUCGUUAAUCAACAACCAAUGUUUAUUAAACAGUACUUUUUGUCAAUCUGAAAUAGAUGAAGCAGCUGUGAGUACAGAAGACUCUACUGUAGAAGAUAUAUUUUGUUUUGAGGAGAGUCUUUCAAAGAAAGAUACACAAGGAAGCGAACUAAACUUUUCAUCACAUACACCUUCAAAUUAUUAUAAUUAUGAUGUUGAACAAGGGAGAGACAUUUCAGAUAAAAAUCAAAUUUGUGAAGACAGUGAUCUGGCAGAUGUGAUGUCAUCAGAUGCUUGUAGUAGUAAUUUUAAUAAUCAACCAAAAUACACAAGUUCACCUCGUACAAAAAUAUCCGCUACUGGCAUUGUUAGUAAAAGUUACAAACACAAAAAACUAAUGUCUGCAAUGAAUAGUAAUGUUUUAUUGGGCACAAUAGAAAAAAUUGAGGAAGCUAUAUCGGAUAGUACUAAUAGUAGUUUAUUGGAAUCUAGUCAGAAAUCUAAUAAUAGUAUCGCAGAAACAAUUAACGUAACUUCUUCAAGCAGUGAUAUAAUGAGUACUUCAAAAUACGACAUAGACUUUUCUGCUAGUAAUAGCACACAACAAAAAUUGUGUUUAGAAAAUAAGAAAUUUAGUGGUGUUGAUAGCUCUAUCUCCACAGAAUUAACGCUAGAUACUAAUCACGAAAUCGCGGAAAAUGACAUAAUCAAUCAUGAGUCUGAUGUUGUGGAUGAUAUACAAAAUAUAGAUGCACAUCAUGUCUUAUCACUAGGCAAUGAGAAUGUUAAUCACAAAGACGAAAGUGUAUAUUGUACAUUAGCAAAAACAGAUCAUACUGAUGCAAAAGCACACUUAGAAAAUGUGACUAGUGAUCCUGCAGAGUCAAGUAUGAGGAAAAAGGGUUUAAAUCCGCCUAGAGAAUUAGUAAGUUCCAAUUCCAAGUCACAUAGUGUUAGCAAAUGCUCUUCAUCUGAUUGUGCCAAAGAAACUAGCGUUUUAAGAAACGAUAGGUUUUUACCUUGUAAAAGUAGUGAGGAGAAUACAAGUAAUGUUCACUUCACAUCACUGAAAAGUGAAGAGAUUGUUGGUAUAAGUAAAGCUGCAUCAAAUAUUGCUGGAUUAGCGAAUAAUGUUGAAGCUAAACCAUCUUCUCCGCUUGAGACACCUCCGAACAGUUGGUCUCCCGAAAUCAUGGAUUCCGGCUAUCCAAAUUCAGCUUCCGCGCAAGAUAUAACACCGGAAUAUGAUUUAUCUAGCAUAGCGCAGGAUCAGAUACCAGAUUCUGAAUCGCCGAGCGUUGCGGAAGCGCCGAGACUCGGUGUCUUGGAACCGAUUGAGGUGGAAAAUGGCGAUCUGGCAAAUAACAAUAGAGACGACGAAGGUAACAAUAUGAUGGCUGUGGAUGCUAACGAUAUCGAAAACUUACAACCGCUGAUUGAUGUAUUGGAGAAUGAUCUCGAGAAUGAAAACGAUAUUUACGUAAUGCAGAACGGUUUUCCCAUAUGGUUACUAAGAAUAUUGGAUAUGGCAAAUCCGCUUGAUUUUGACAUGCAAGCUCGACAAAAUCUGCGAAUUCCUGACGAAGUUGCAGAUGAUGCUAACUAUGUCGUUCACGAUGAAGGUUUUGAUAGUUCUUCAGAGAGUGAGAGUGAUAUAGCUUACAAUGAAAUGGAAAAUGAUAAUGGACAUGGUAAAUAAAGAUUUUUUUUAAUGAGA